UCCAGCAGCAGCAGCAGCAGCAACAACAACAACAACAACAUGCCCCUCCUCAGCAAUCUCAUUACCACCAUCUCCCUCGUCUCCCUCCUCCUCUCCGUCCCUUUUUCCACCUCCCAAGAAGUUGAUAAUGAGAAGGAGUUUAGCUACGACGAAGAGAGCCCAAAGGGGCCUCAGCACUGGGGACAGAUCCACGAGGCAUGGGCCGCGUGUGGGAGGGGUCGCGCGCAAUCCCCUAUCGAUAUCCUCUGCGGCAGGGUUCAAAUAGACCCUUCGCUGGGGACGCUGCAGCGUUAUUAUACGCCUUCUAAUGCCACCUUAAAGAAUCGCGGCCACGACAUUAUGCUCCAAUGGGAGGCUGACGCGGGGGCGCUAUGGAUCGGUGGGACUAAGUAUGAUCUCAAACAGUUGCAUUGGCACUCUCCCUCCGAGCACGCCAUCAAUGGCCAGAGAUACUCUCUGGAGAUGCAUAUGGUUCAUCAGAGCGCUGAUCAGAAGAUCGCCGUGGUCGGGAUUUUGUACAAGACCGGUCGGUCCGAUCCGUUCAUAGCAGGGUUGGAGCCGUACAUAAAGAAGAUCGCUAACACACAUGAAGCAGAGGAAAAGGUUGGAGUUGUGGAUCCGAGUAGCCUAAAGAGGGGAGGCAGGAGCUAUUACAGAUACAUGGGCUCGCUCACAACCCCACCUUGCACCGAGGGAGUGGUGUGGACCAUCAUCAAGAAGGUGCGUACGGUGUCGGAGGAGCAGGUGCAUCUGCUGAGAGAAGCUGUCAACGACGGCUUCGAGAUGAACGCAAGACCCAUCCAGAAGAUUAAUGAUAGAAUUGUCAGCUUAUAUCAACCUCGAAAGUUACAGAUUUUGGAGGAGGACAUUGUUCGUGUCGAAACAUAUUGAAUAUAUAUAUGGAUGGAUGGUAACACGACCCUUAGAUCUGCUUACUAGAAUGGAUGAUAUCUAAAGCGUGUACGGGCACUUUAAUUUCCUCUGUUUAAUGGUUGUAAAAGUAUGUUGCUGUUUGUAAUUUGUAAGCUGUUACUCGUGUUGCGGCAUUUGUGCCAUAUCGUCCCAUAUAUAUGUUUUGUGUAAGAGAUUAAUUUGUCUUUAAUUAUGAACGUGCACGAAGCAUCAUUCAGCUGGUAUAAACAUCGUCACUCUUCGGUA